UGCAGGUCUAAUGAGUCAUGACAUUAACAACGCCUAAAGCCCUCCUCCUACGCUCCUCCAGCCCACUUCUCUCUUUAUUAGAGGCGCUCCUCUGCUCCAGUCUUCAGAGCAGCAGGCGCCCAGUCAGCGCUCUAUUGUUCUCCUGCAGCUUCAGACUGGAGUUGAUGCUUUUCUCACAUUUUCUUGGAUGUACCUUCAUCUCGCCAAGAUGAGACUUAUUUUUGUCGCUGUUGCGGUUGCAGCUUUGUUGACAGAAAAUCUAGCGUUUCCAGUGGGAAAAGAAGGGCAGAGAGAAGAUGUGGUAACACGCUGUUUGGUUGAAGUCUUGUCCAAAGCUCUUUCCAAACCAGACUCCCAGCUGGAUCAGGAAUGCAAAGGUCUUCUCCAAGCAGGGGUUAACCAUUCCCCGCUGGACAAGAAGAGUGGGGAGGGGAUAGUAACUCAUGGAGAGGUGGCCAAAGGUUAUCCUGAGGAAAAGACAGCAGAUGUGAAAGACAUCGAGGCUCUCCUACAAUCCGUGGAGGAAAAAAGAGACCUCUCCGAAGACGAACGCAGCCAAGAAUCCUGGAGUCUGGGUGAUGAGAAGGAGAAGAGACAUGAGAACGAAGAGGAAGGAGAGCGGGAGAAGAGGAGCAGCUGGAAGCCUGGAAGGUACCACCAAAGGAAACACAAACGAGGAGAAGAAGAAAAAGAAGACGACAAUGAGCGCAGUCAGGAGAGCUGGGGUAUCGACGAAAAGAGAUCUGAAGACGAAGGAGAUGAAGAGCGAGAGAAGAAGAACUGGAGGCCUGGAAGAUACCACCAAAGAAAACACAAACGCAAUGAGGAAUCUUUCGGAGGAGAGAUGGAGGAGCCAGAGGAAGAACGUAGCCAAGAAUACUGGGAUGUGGACAAAAGGCAAGGGAACAAGGACGAGGAGGAGAGAGACAAGCGCAUAUGGAAGCCCACACAUCGCUACCACCACAAGAAAAAGCUCCACAAACGUGGUGAUGAACCACUGGAGGAGGAAGAAGAUGGUGAACGCAGCCAGGAGUCCUGGGGUCUUGACAAGAGGGACUGGAGGGCCGGCAGAUUUCACCAGAGGAGACACAAACGUGACGAAGAGCUCGCCGAAGAAGCCGGGGAAGAGCCAGAAGAAGAACGCAGCCAGGAGUCCUGGGACUUUGAUACUGGAAGAGAAAAGCGGGAGUGGAGGGCCGGCAGGUACCACCAGAGGAGACACAAGCGUGAUGAAGAGCUCUCCGAGGAGGUGAGAGAAGAGCCUGAGGAGGAACGCAGCCAGGAGUCCUGGGGCCUCGACAAAAGACAUGGAAAAGAAGAGCAAGAAAUAGAAAAGCGUAUAUGGAAACCGACACAUCGAUACCACCAUAAAAAGAAGUUUCACAAACGUGGUGGAUCAGAAGAAGAGGAAGAACAGAGGGGUGAUGCAGAAGAAUAUGAGGAGACGGCAAAGGACGGGGACCAAGUAAUGAGGUAUCUAGCAGAAAAGCGCAAUCCAUGGAUUUUCAGAGGUUACUACCAUCCUGCGUGGUAUAAAAGGGAUUCAGAUGAGAAUGCUGCUUCUAACAAGAUGGAUGAACUGGCCAAGGUGCUGAGCUAUAAGAUAAGGGCCAGCCAUCCUAAUCAAGAGGAGCCAAAGAGGAGCAUGCACCAGAGAGCGCUUACCCCGCCGGAGGAGAAAGAGCUGGAAAACCUUGCAGCGAUGGACACGGAGCUGCAGAAAAUCGCUGCCAAGCUGCAUGACAACAGUGCAUAACCAGAAUGGACAGCAUUUAGAGGCACUACCUGCUGCUGUCCUACUGUAUGUCAGCCAAUUUAGUGUGCUUAGUGUUAAAGACAAAAAUAA